GUGAUUGGUUAAAAGUUCCUCGUCGUCAUCGAAGUUUUUUUUCACUCUCCUACCAGUUGGCUGUUGCGGUGUCUCACUUUGCUUGUAGAGGAUUUACUUGUGGCCUGUCAAAUAGCAACGGCUGUCACAACUUCAUUUGGACACUUUGGAGUUUGGUGUGUUUUUUUCCGCAGCGAUGUCAUCCCCGACUGAUCUACGGGACAGUGGUUCACCCGAAGCCGUGAGCAGAGAGCGCACGAUGGAGGAGCGCAAAGCCCAAGUAACGAGUCAUCCUUUCAGCGUGGAGUCUCUUAUGUCAGGCUGUAAAAGUCACAAGGAGUCGCCAACCAAAGCCGAGGACAUACCGUGGAACCCUUUUGUACGGACCCAUCCCGUUUUAUAUUCCAGUAGGGAGACGUGCAGUCCGGAGGGAAUGAGGACACCGACAUCUCCCGUCAAAGUUGAGUCGCCGGAGUCGGAGGAUGACUGUAGUUCUUGGACAGUAAACUCAAAAUUCUCAGGACAAUCUCGCCAGGUGAGCCCUUCUACCUGCCUGCUGCGCAAGCACAAGACCAACCGCAAGCCUCGCACGCCCUUCACUACCUCGCAGCUGCUGGCGCUGGAGCGCAAGUUCCGGCAGAAGCAGUACCUGUCCAUCGCAGAGCGGGCCGAGUUCUCCAGCUCCCUGACGCUCACCGAGACCCAGGUGAAGAUCUGGUUCCAGAACCGCAGGGCCAAGGCCAAGCGGCUGCAGGAGGCCGAGUUGGAGAAGCUGAAGAUGAGCUCCAAGCCCGCGCUGGGUGCAGCCGCGGCAGCAGCAGCCGCCUUCGGCCUCCCCUUCCCCCUCAGCGCCAUGUCUCUGUACGGACAGACAUACCCCUACCACCACCACCACCACCACCACAGGCCCCUGGUGCCACUGGCCCCCACCGCACUCUACAGCACACCCCUGGGCUACAGCAUGUACCCACUCUCCUGAGGACCUGAGGACAGGGGGGACCAUAGUACAUGGGUGCGUGUAGUGUAGUGUAGUGUAGUGUGUGUGUUUGUAUGUGUGUGUGUGUGUGUGUGUGUGUGUGUGUGUGUGUGUGUGUGUGUGUGUGUGUGUGUGUGUGUGUGUGUAUGCAUGCGUGCGUGCAUGUGUGCAUGCAUGCAUGCGUGUGCGUGUGUGCGUGUGCGUGGCUGUAUGUUUUUUUCUUAUUUUUUCAGGUAGCCUGUAUAGAUUUUAUUUUAUUUUGUGUGUUUGUUUGUUUGUUUGUUAUUUUUGUAUGUGUGGACGGUUCAUUAAUUGCUCGGCUUCUUCGAGGGACUUUUGUGGCACCUCAGCUGGAUGGAUUAUGAAGCUAUGAUAACGCCCGGGGGUUCCGACGAAGAUUGGUCUGCUUGCCUUUCUUUUUUUUGCUGUUGUUGUUGUUGUCUUUGUUAAUCCAUGAUGGAUGGAUUUUAUCUUCACUCAAAAGCCAAAUGACUGCCAGUCUCAAAACCAAUACCUUUUGUGUAUGGUCUAGAGCACAUUUUGAACAGCACUUCCACUUCCAGAGCAGGCCUUGAUGUCAUGUGGAUGGCGGACGCGAACGGACAGGCGCAGUGUCAUGCAUGGGAAUGUCACACUCUGUCUCGGGCCAUAUGGAUGUCACACCUUUCUGAUAUCGUGAUGAGAUUUUUUAACGUUUUUUUUCAAUGAUUAUUUAAACUGAGGUUGCAGCCAAGUUGAACUUGUCUAUUCUGCAAAUUAAUAUGGAUUUCUUUUUUACCUGAGCACCAGACCAAAACAAAUUACAGUAGAGGUUAUGGAAAAUGUUAACUAGAGUUUUAUUUCAUCUGAAAUUGUUUUUGUUUGUUGUUGUUGUUGUUGUUUUUUUAAAGACACAUUUUCCAGGCAGCACAACCAGCACUGUAUGCGUCAUUUUAGUUUUGUUUUUAUUUAUUUUCUUGAUUUCAAAAGAGAUGACUUUCACAGAGAUGAGAGCUAUAUAUUUUAUCUGUAUUUAUACUGUCAAUUUUAACUGAAUCCCUAUUUGGAGGGAGUUAUCUUUGUUACAUGUUUAUAAACCUAU